UAUAGUUAUUUAUUCUUGUAGGUCUAUCCUUUGGAGUACUAUGAAUAGUCUUUCCUUAGUUGUCCUUGUCCACGUAUUAACUGGAAUUCACGGAGAAGGAAGAGGACAAAACAGUAGGGAAUGCAUACCAGAUUUUGGAGUCGAUACGUUAUUUACAUGUCUUCACAAACAAUACCAUGAAGAAAAUGGCUGUAUCGAAACUGUAAAGAUAGAGAUUCAAAGAGUAAUGUAUACAAACUUGACUGAUGAUUGCUUGGUGAACAUAUGUACAAAAAGUUAUAAAAAAACCAACAAUUGUUCAAAAGAAGACUGCAGAAAACUAUUGUCCCUUUCCAUAGGUUCAUUUAACUGUGAUGAUGGUACAAGCAGAAUUACAAAAGAUGAAAAUGGUAGUAAGAAGAGAGAAGAAAAUGGAGGAAUUAUUGAAAGAAAAGAUGACAUAAAACAAGCUACAGUAGUUUACUAA